AUGGAAUCCAAGGAUUCUUCAUCCCAAACUUUAGGAAAUGAUGCUAUUGGAGCCUUGAUGGCUCGUCUUGAGGCCUUGGCCCAAAAAAUGGAUGAUAAUCACGAUGCUAUAAUGGGUGAUAUAGAUUCUAUGAGGAGUGAAAUGGCAUCCUUGAUAGGUGGUGUGAUUAGAAUGAAAGCGAGGGGUACAAAACUUGAAAGUUUAGAGACCAAGCAUUUUGUUUUUGUCCAUGGAGGUAGUUUUGUUGCGUGGUAUUGGUACAAAACUACAACACUACUCAAAGAAACAAGAUAUAAAGUUGAUGCCAUAGAUUUGACUGGCUCUGGUGCUCAUUAUUUUGACUUCAACAGCAUUACCACAUUCUCUGAAUACGUAAAACCACUCACCAAUUUCAUUGAAAAUCUACCUGAUGGCAGUAAGGUCAUCUUGGUUGGCCACGAUAUUGGAGGCGAUUGUGUCUCUUAA